AGCAUGGCGAGGAGAGUACAAUCAUGUGACGGCAACGAGAUGUUUGUCUGGAGGAGUGGAAGGUGAUCAGUAGCCUAGAAGCAAUGCUGGACUUAGCAAGCACUGAAUGUAACUGCGGAAAGAAGGCGGUGGGUAAAUAGUUUAAAAGGGGGUUGGUUCCAAUUCCAGGUUGUCCUUUGGCUCCAUCAACAUUGAAGGCUUUGUGGAGGUCUGAUACAGCAUGAGAAAUUCUGUCAUGCGGUCAAGUGUUUGGAUACCACCCUACGCCUCCAGAAGGAUCCAGCAAGAUGCUUAGUGAGCUGGGGCAGUGGCGUUUCCCCACAGUCUCUCUCCUCACAACCACUCCUGUAAACUCUCGUACACUCUACUUCGCAUCCUUCACAAUGCAGAUUUUCGUAAAGACGCUCACCGGCAAGACCAUCACUCUUGAGGUCGAGUCCUCUGAUACCAUCGAUAACGUUAAGGCCAAGAUCCAAGACAAAGAGGGGUAUGUAUGCCAUCCCAGUAAACAGCACUUAUGACUGACGGUUGUCCCUGUAGUAUUCCACCUGACCAGCAGCGUCUCAUUUUCGCUGGCAAGCAGCUCGAGGACGGUCGGACGCUCUCCGACUACAAUAUCCAAAAGGAGUCUACCCUUCACUUGGUCCUGCGUCUCCGUGGAGGCAUGCAGAUCUUCGUCAAGACCCUCACGGGCAAGACGAUCACCUUGGAGGUGGAGUCUUCUGACACCAUCGACAACGUGAAGGCCAAGAUCCAGGAUAAGGAGGGUAUC